GCCUGCGCGUUCGUGUGUUGCGGGGACGCGCCGCGCGUUCAGUGACUCAGUGGAAGUGUUUCGGAUCGACCGCGCCGCGCUCAGCUGCUCUCCGAAACCAAGUGUCACCUCGCCGGCCAAAAACAUGUCCAAACUGGAGCAGAUCCUUAUCCUAGAUCCCCCAAACGACCUGAGGUUCAGAGGUCCUUUCACAGAUGUGGUCACUGCUAACCUGAAGCUCAAGAAUCCCUCGGAGAGGAAAGUAUGUUUCAAAGUGAAGACCACAGCGCCGCGCAGAUACUGCGUGCGACCCAACAGCGGCAUCAUCGACCCCGGGGCCACGCUCGUCAUCUCCGUUAUGCUGCAGCCGUUUGAGUACGACCCCAACGAGAAGAGCAAACACAAGUUCAUGGUACAAUCCAUCUUCGCCCCCGCAGCCGCCACAGACACAGAAGCCUUGUGGAAAGACGCGAAACCCGAUGAUCUCAUGGAUUCAAAACUCAGAUGCGUCUUUGAGCUGCCGUCUGAAAACGAUAAAGUGAGCGCUCAGAAGAGGAACCCGCUCCAAUGGUUCCGUGCCGCUCCGGCUACAGCUCCGGCUCCAGCUCCGGCUCCGACUGAGUUCCGCUCUCCGCUUUACAGACGCCCGCCCUUCCCAGGCAGCUUUAGCAACUGGCGCGACUUCCAGGAAGUCAGAACAGCAGGGUCAGAGGUCAAGGCCUGCAGGCCUGCGAUGGUCAGUGAGGGUCAGAGCAGAGAGCAGCACGUGUGGUCAGAGCAGAGAGACAUCAUCAGGAACGACGUCGACUCUGUGUCUAAAUCGGCGGCGGUUCUGAACUCCUCCAAAGUGGACGGGCCGGUGGCAGUGAAGGCGGUCAGCGCUGCUCUGGACGACUCGGAGAUGAAGAAGAUCGUGGAGGAGUGCAGACGCCUGCAGACGGAGGCCAGCAAGCUGCACGAGGAGAACCGCCAGCUCAAGGACGAGGGUCUGCGGCUCAGGAAGCUCCAGCGCAGUGAACACGUCACGAGUAACUCCAGCUCUGCUCUGGGUCUGGAGUCCAGGGCUGGAUCUCUUCCCUCGCUGCUGGUGGUCAUCGCUGCCAUCUUCAUCGGGUUCUUCCUCGGCAAGUUCAUCCUGUAGAGCAUCUCCCUUUGUUUCGGUUCCUUCUCUGUUUUCUGUUGGGGGACGGAUGGAUGUUAGAGCCAUGAACUGCUGUAUCCAGCGAGAUCUGAGGGUCUUGGUUUCACUCAAACUCCGUCAAAGUGUAAAUGUGGUUUUAAUCUUCAUCCAGACGAAGGGAGAGCUUCGGACAGCGUUCUUCCUCAUUCGUUCUGUUCCUAACGAUACCAACGCAGACUGUUUUAUUACUGUAAUUAUCAUUUAUUAAUUAUAUUAUUAAUGUGCUUUCUCUCAGAGCAGCAUUUAUCCACACAGACGUUCACUUUACUGUCUCGUACUAGACGACGUUGAAGAAAUAAAAGAAAAGAGAAAAAAAAGAG